AUGAAUAAUUAUAGCCAAAACAAAGUAAAAAGACAGACAAUUCCAUUAGAAGCAAAAAUUCUAAUAUUAAAUAGACAAGCAGAUGAUGAAGGAUCCACAGCUGUUGCUAAUGAAUUUAAAUUAGGUGAAUCCAUGAUCAGAGCUAUACACAAACGUGCAAGUAAAAUAUAUGAAUCUCUUAAUAAUACAACAAACGACAGUAGUAAAAGAGCAUCGUAUUCGAGAAAUAUUGUAAUAGAGAAGACGGAAAAGGCUUUCGUGUUGUGGGUUAAAGAUUUAACUAAAAAACGAAUCCCCGUUCACAAAGAAUUAAUUCAAGAAAAAGCUAGACAGUAUUUCAACCAACUGAAGGACUUAGAACCAAGUUCGUCAUCUUGUUUACGAGAAGUGACAUUUUCUGCGAGCAAUGGCUGGUUUGCUGGAUUUUUACAACGGUACGCACUUCAUAACGUGAAGAUACAAGGCGAGGCAGCGUCCGCCGAUGAAACAGCUGCUAUGAAUUAUCGCAAAGCAUUAGCGGAAAUCAUUGAUGAUGGUGGAUAUUGCCCAGAUCAAGUAUUUAAUGCAGAUGAGACUGGGUUAUUCUGGAAAAAGAUGCCCAGCCGAACAUUCAUUGCGAAAUCGGAGAAAAUUGCAAGUGAUUUUAAAGCGGCAAAGGAUCAAAUCACACUUCUUCUUUGCAGUAAUGCCUCUGGUGCAUAG